CACAAGGGAGAAAUAAUCCAUUGGAAACUCCAUUUGCCAUCUGGUACCCUCUGACUGUCCACACGGCCGUCGGGCGAGAUGCAGACGCUGACCAUGGAUUCUUGGAGAGAAAUGUUUUAUGAGAAGAUAGAUGAGGUGAAGCCACAGGACAAGUGGGACCUAACGAUGCACCAGGACCUGGAUUACAAUGUCCUGGAACCGGGUUGGGUGCAGUCGGUGCAAGAACACGCAUUCGCCAGCUUCCAGUGCUCUCGCUGCCACCAUUCCUGGUCAUCCGCUCAAGUGGUGGUCCUGUUCCACAUGUACCUGGACCCGCACAGGAGGAAAAGUCGGGUGAAGAUGAGAGUCUUUCGACAAGAAUGUUAUGAGUGUUCUGAGGGCAAUUUAGAAAAGCCACAUUUCCAGGAGGAAAGCGUCAGGAGGAUAUUGGCGCACUUGGUCAACAGCAUCAGGGAGAAAUGUUAUGGUGAGUUCGUGGACCACAGCCAGCUAGCUGAGGUUACCGUAUCAGGAUGGCCCCAUGGACCGCAUCGGAGCGACCAUUGUGAGGCGUGCAGGUUGGGAAUCCAUCAGACGCCUACACAUUCGAAGCACCAUAGAAAACCCAAAGGCACAGUGCAUCAUGGGACAUCCAAAGACACAAUGCCACUAAGUCAGCUCCCAUCCAACAAUUUACUCGAGGGCCCGAAUUGCUGUUCAGAGUUUUGUUGUGUUCUCUGCGUUAUUUUCAUGUUCAUUUUUAUUUAUCUGAUGACCUCUCAAAGUUCCUUCCAGUUCUAAGAGUCUAUGAUGGAGCUGGCCACAUAAUGGGGAUCAUCUCCUUUCCCCCACCUGAUUCAUGAAUCAUUGUUAAUAGAGUCAGCUAGCCGGGUUAUCGCUGCUUGAUGAGUUUGCAUUGCCUAGAUAAUUGCUGGGGAUUCAAAAACAUGAUUGGAAGUCCCCCAGACGUCACGAAUUCUGGCGGGAAUGAGUGCCUCUGAGAACGGCAGUCACAGCUACAGCCUUCCUUCCUAGCUUUUCUCUAGGGGUUGAUCUCCUGUUUGAAAAAGUCCAGUUGGCCAAUCAAGGAGCAGAAACAAUACCACAUGACUUCUUUUGGGAUAUGUAAAAAUUCGGAGGGGUCUGGAAUAAUGCAGCCACUGCAUUACCCUUUAAACAUGCUUUUUUCUCUUUGUUUCUGUAGUUUAGAAAGAUACAUUAAG